UUGUAGGUUACAGGGUGUUGUGGUCUACCGUAGCCAAGCAGGAAGCUGCUUUGUGGGAUCAUCUCUCUGUCUUCCUCACACGGCUCCUUUUGCAGAGCAGUAGGGAUUUUAGGUUCUACAGAAUCAUUGGGACAUCACUUUCUUAAAGAAAUACAUAGAGACAGACAGACCUACUGCGAAGGUGACAUUUUGAAGAGAUUUUGGAAACCUACAGGGGAAAGGAUUCCAUAUUAAGGAGAAUCGAGAGAAGAGUAAGUAGAAUGAAGUGGACCAUACUCUUGGCUCAUCUGUUGGUGAUUUGGACCAUGACUGUAGCUGAAGAUACAGUCCCAAAACUUAAAAUAAAAGUGGAAGAAUCCUCCUCGGACAAGAUCAAAUUAUCAUGUCCUGAUGGUUUCCGUUUUCUUUCUACUAAUGAGACUACUCGAACACUGGAAUACAAGGAUGAGAACACAAAUGAGUAUGUAUGCGAGAAAGUCAAAGAUCCUGUCUCAGAAAACCAAGACAAGGUCAAAAUCUAUGUGAAAUUUCGGACCUGUGAUAACUGCGUCGAGCUGGAUACAACUGCGGCAGUAGGGAUGGUUGUGGGAGACCUGGUGGCCACUGUCCUGAUUGGAGUAGCUGUCUACAGCAUCGCCUCACAGCCCAAAGCAACACUGAUCACGGGCAAGAAAACAUCUAGCAAAAUGGGGCUCAUCAACAAUGAGGCGAGUGCAAACGAAGACCCCAUUGGCAACUAUCAGCCCCUGAAUAAAAGGCGCAUGGACAGAUCUGAGUACAGCACUCUGCCAGAAAGGAGAUAAAGAGAAAAAUCAAAUGUAGAGCACAGCUCUGUUCGAAGAUCUGUUUCGGAUUGAAACAUAGUGAAUUGGGAGCUUUAGUGUUGUGCGGGCCAUCUUGUUCUUUACUAGUAUUAUUUAUCAGCCCGGUACCUAUGUUUUUUUUAAGGUUGUGCAUAUGACCACACAUUUGUCUACAAAUAAAAUGUGCUCAGUGCUACAUUACUUUUACAAACCACAAAAGAAUUGUUGUAAUGCAUUGAGUGAAGGCAGAAAUCCAUGACAAGUCCCUCAACUGUCCAUUUGAUGUACAGAGUCAUUGACUGUUUGCUCUGUUGCUUUGUUUACUUUGAUCUACUGCUUUGCACGAGCUAAGAUUUCCUUUUGGUACCAUAAAUUGUAUUUGUCCAACUUCA